AUGUCCGCCCUGCCCGGACUGUUCAUCGAGUACUUGGCGGAAGGUCGCAGCUCGAGGAGGGACAGGGAGCUCCUUGACGCAAAGGCACGGUCACAUGCGGCGAGGUAUGCUUAUCAGCGGUCGCUGCUGCAGCGGCAGCGGAGCCGGGGAUCGCGAGGCAGCAGCAGCAACAGCAGCAGCAGCACACGAGCGGGCAGCAAGAGUUCCGACGUCGUAACAGGUUCAAAUUCAGGGCGAGGCGGCAGAUCUCGCUCACCACAGCACCAGGCAGCAGCCCUCAUUGAGGCCGCCGGCCUUCGACAAGAAGGUUCAGAUCUGCCUGAGCAGUUCCUCGUCCUGGAUGAGGACCAACAGUUCACCCACGACAUGCUCGGGCGAGCAACGAGCCCACCCCACUCCUACCCCGUGUCCCUCGACAGCAACCGGCUCCGCGCGAUCGAAUACUUCCCUGAGCUAUGGUCGCGCUGGGCGGCGGACGUGAUCCCCAACCGCGCGCAGCGCCAGGUCGCCACCGACACGGCGGUCAGCAGCAUCGUGCGGCGCUGCCUGACAGACGAGCUGCACAUGACGGCCUUCAUUGCGUACGUGCUGCAGCGGGCGCCCGCAGUAGACGUCUCCAAGGUGUUCCUGCUGCAGAUGGCUGGGAAGGCGUUGGCGGAGUUGCGGGCGCGGAUUGAAGGUGGGAACGCCACAUUGGAGGAGGUGGUGUGGCCGAUCAUCUUCCUGGCGCAUUUCGAGCUGUUUGGGUCUAAGAGCGUCGGGGCUGGCCGGGCGCAUCUGAAGGCUGUGGUAGAACUGGGCGGCAUGGAAUACCUGGAUGAGGUGACCAAGGUCUACAUCCGUCGCAUGGAUCGGGGUUGGUGGUCGGAUUACCCCUCCAUCUUCUUGUCGCCGCUCUCGCCACAGCGGCAGUGGGAGAAGCUCGUUCCGAAGGUGCCUGAAGACGACGUUGCCGGCUCGGGCUUCCUCGACCACGCCGACAUGCUCGGGGAAGACCUCGUGAACCUUCUCCCAUCGGUUGUUGACUGUGUGCGUGCCGGAGUGCUGUGCAAAGAUCGAGUCCUUCGGGGCCUCGAGAAUGAAGUGCUGCAGAACAAGGUCAUCCGCAAAUGUCAAGCACUCAUGGACACGCUGCGACAGUGGCUGCCAGCCGAACCGGAGAAGAUGGCAUGCAUAUACCCUGCGAUGAUCUGGCUGCAGUACACGACUUGGGUCAUGAGGGACCUCGCCACAAAAGCUAGCUCGUCCGUGGAUGCCUACAGAAAUGUGACCAGCCACGCCCAUGCCAACCUCUUGAGGUGCGUGGAGCAGAGUUCGCAGGCACACGAGAUGCUGCUGUGGGCUGCCGUCAUGGGAAUUACGACUUCAGCGGAUGAGGUUGCGAGGGUACUAUACGCGAGCCGCGGCCUGAGUUUGGCGAGGAGUCUGGAUGUCGUUGACCUCCGGGACUCGUGGAAGAGAUAUAUAUGGUUUGAAGCGUGUGCCAUCAUCGACUAUGGAUUGAUUUUGGCUGCUCUCAAUGCAGCAGUGAGGUUGGAUCCUUCUCUGGCUACUCAACAAUGGGAAUCCGUGAGAAAAGGACCCUUGUUGCGGCUUAGUCAGGAUGGUUAA